GUUUACUGUUAGGUGGAGGUUUUAAAACGACCCGUUUAGCCGAACCCCAACAACAAAACUAGUCUUCUUUACCAAAUUCUCACUCUCUCCAUCUCUCCGAUUUCGUGACUUUUGCUGCAGGGAGCGAAGAUGAUGCACAUGACCUUUUACUGGAGCAGGGAGGUGACUCUCCUCAUCAAUUCAUGGCGGACAACUUCAUGGUUUAGCUAUUCCCUCUCUUUGCUUGCUUGUUUCAUCGUCUCCAUUUUCUACCAGUAUUUGGAGAAUUAUCGAAUCCGUUUGAAGCUUCUUCAGUGUCCGAAGCCGUCGCCGUCGGAGAUCGAGGCCCCUCUCCUUCGAUCUAAAGUGGCUGGGAAGUUUCAGGCUGUGAGAUUUGCUGGAGCUCUGUUUUUCGGAGUCAACUCGGCGAUUGGCUACCUUCUUAUGCUCGCGAUCAUGUCCUUCAAUGGCGGGGUUUUCAUUGCAAUUGUCUUUGGGCUCGCGAUAGGUUAUUUGGUGUUUAGGAGCGACGAUGAGGACGUUAUUGUUAGUGCGGAAAAUCCUUGUGCAUGUGCUUAGGAUCAACAAACAGAUAAGAUCAGAAAGAAACAAUUGCUAUAUCUGCUUCUUUCAAUUAUGAAUAGGUUUCUUUCAUCGUGUUCGUUUCUUGCAAAAUUGAUUGGCUCUGUUGUACAAUUCUUGUUAUUUCAGAAUUUGUAGCUUUGUUUUAAUGUAUUAUGGGUACAAAUUUUGUGCAUAGAUAUGGUAAAAUAUCACGAUUGGGAAAGAAAAUCCGUCAGAUUGGGGAAAUUGAACAGCCAAAUUGGGGUAAUGGGAUUGGAAAGUGAAACUGAGGUAAGAUGCCCCAUA